CACACACACUACGACGCAGUAGCAGGUAACACCCCACGUUACCUGCCAGACCCAAAGCACGGGUUCCACGUAACCUGUUACCUUUUCUCCACCAGGCGCCUCGGUCUGCGAGAUAGAGAGGAUAAUGCCCGUUUUCUUGUCUGCGUACGUUCUUCGUCCAGUAGUCCGCCCGCUGCCUUUGGCCGCUUCUCUUCCCGUCCUCUUACCCUGCUAUCACGUACAUAAAUAUUCAUCAAGAUGCCCGGUCGACCAACUGCCUAUCUUCCUCCUUCAUCCCCCUCUCCCCUCUCUUUAGUCUCGUCCCGCACGCAUCCCUAAGACAAGACACUUGACAUCCAUCGACUACUGCUACAUCCGCUACCGCUUCGGCAUCCUUGCCGAUGAAAUUAACUCCCAUAAAGGGCCCCGCCAAACGCCGCCGCCCGCGCUCCGACGACCCCGUCGUCGUCCCUGCCCAGUCUCGGAAGAGACUGAAACGCAAGUCCGAGUCCAAGCCCGAGUCGGUGCCGCAGCCGGCCCCCAAGCCGAAGGCGUCGCUCCUAGAGAGUCUGAUCCCGCUCGAGAUCAUGGAGCGCAUCUUCUGGGAGAGCGAAAAUGUCAACCUGGCCCGUGCCAGCCCUCUCCUCGGCCGCUUCCUCUCCGGGGAGUCGACACGGCGAGGGAUCGUCAUCGCUGCCUUCGGCCCGACCUGGGACUUCCGCUACGGAUACCGCGACAUCGAGACGUCCGAACUCCCCAGUCACCAGGACGACACUAGUUCAGUGUGGUAUGAAGGCGAUCCAGGGUUUCAGUCCUCGCUCUUGGAGCACUCCUCCAUCACCGUCGCCUUCAUCCACGAAUGCUGGGGUUUCUGGGUCAGACAACACAGAGGAGACGUGCGUCGGCCGUACGCGAGCGACUGGGGCCGCUCCGGCAACCUCAGCGGCAUCCCCCGCGCUUUCUCGACCGAAUUUGGCGACUUCUGCCGGUUCAAGCUUCCCCUCCCGAAGCCGCGCUCGGCCUGGCUCGUGCACAAGGAGGCCCGCAUCCCGGACGCCCUGCUUCUGGGCCCCUGGAAGCCCCAAGACGCGGAGAAGCUGUUCUGGCUAAUCUUUGCCGGCGCCUCGCUCGCCCCCGACCAGACCUGGGAGGUGACCCGGCAGGCGUUCCAGAACGCCGUCCCGGCCGCCGUGACGCCGGGCACGAACCCCCUGGUGGGCAUCAACAUGCUCGCCGUCCGGAUGCUCAAGCACCUCGACGCCUUCGAGGCCUGGCCGCCCGGCGUCCGCGACGAGGAGGCCAGCCGCGUCAACACCAUGUAUUCGUCGUUCGGCGACAACGUUGCCGUCAGGUGUGUUAACUAUGUCCUGUCGUCCCAGCCGGAGCCGCAGCCCCCGCGGGCCCCUGGGACUAGCACCCGCCGCCCCCCGUCGGAGCCCCAGACCUACUAGAUAGCUCGCGGGACGCUCCCCGUCUCGAGUCACCGUCGCCUCACUCGAAACAGCACACGCCCUCGGGGCGUCCCACAACACGGCGAUCUGGCAUUUGGCGCGCCGGCCCCUCCCCCUCAACACUACGUAGGCCCCUCAGUGCGAAGUGUCCGGCAGGAACACCUCCACUAUGUAAAGCUCGGCUCGUCGUGCCCGUUUUCAUUUGUAUUCGGCGAGGCCGUUGCGGGAACUAGCGAGAAUGUGAUAGAAUCGGAUAACCCCUACCUAGAAUAGGCGGUUGGCAGACUCCGCGACGCAGUUAGGAUAAAAUAGUAGCAACAAAACAUAAUUUGCGACCAGCGGCCCCGUUCGUGCCCACCUGUUGUUCCUUUUAAAACUGGGACUGGUUAGAC